AUGAGCUUUGUGCGGGAGCAUUCUAGCAAUUCAUCUACCAGCAUCACACUCUCUGGAGAUGACGAUGCUAUUGCAGAGCUGGAGGAAAUCGUCCAAGAUGAAGGGAAGUUGAACCGCCGUCUCAAAGUCGGCAAUCGCAUGUCCAUUCACUACCUCUCCAUCGCAGGAGUGGCCAUGUUUGCUAUUGGGGAUACUUUUGACGAGGUCUCUGCCAGCUCGACGCCACCACCCACCGAUGGCGGCGAUGGAUACUCGGCCUCGAAGUGGGCUAAUGAGCGGUUCCCCGAGCGUGUAAAUGCGGUGUUCGAUCUGCCAGUAUGGAUCCAUCGGCCGUCAGGGAUCAUACUGCUAGCGAGCGAAGAGCAUAACCAGAACGAACUGCUCCUAAGCAUAUUCCUCUUCUCAAGGAAGAUUAGAGCUGUGCCAGAGACUCACCUCAUCCAGGGAACAAUGGAUCUUGUCUCUAUUGAGAGUGAGCCGCAACAUUGUCAGGGACGUAUCCUUAUCCUAACCGGUUCACAGCGUAGCACUCUUUCCUCGAUAUGCUGA